AUGUCGGUCCCUCCUAACCUUCCAAAGAUGACUUAUCGGUUCCUAGGCCGAUCGGGUCUCCAGGUCUCAGCGAUAUCCCUAGGUGGCUGGCUCACCUAUGGCGGACACGUCGAUAACGAAAAUACUUUCACCUGCAUGAAGGCUGCUUAUGACAGCGGCAUUAACUUCUUCGAUUGUGCCGAGGCCUACGCGGGGGGCAAGUCGGAGGAGGUGAUGGGCGAGGCAAUCAAGAAGUUCGGCUGGAAACGCAACGACCUCGUGAUAUCGACCAAGAUCUAUUGGGGCGGCGCGUUUGGUGACAACCCCGUUAACAACAAGGGGCUUAGCCGGAAGCAUAUCAUCGAGGGCAUGGACGCCUCGUUAUCUCGUCUAGGACUCGAAUACGUAGACCUGAUCUACGCGCAUCGCCCGGAUAGACUCACACCGAUGGAGGAGACUGUGCGCGCCUUCAACCACUUGAUCAACACCGGAAAGGCGUUUUACUGGGGCACCUCGGAAUGGAGCGCCGAUGAGAUCGCCCAGGCAUGGCGCUACGCCGACAAGUUGGGCCUCAUUGGCCCUGUCAUGGAACAGCCAUUAUACAACAUGCUGGAUCGCGAGAAGGUGGAGAAAGAAUAUGCUCAUCUGUACCGAGAGGUUGGACUCGGACUGACGGUAUUUUCGCCGCUGAAAACGGGCAUCCUCUCCGGCAAGUACAAGAACGGAAUCCCCCCCGAUUCGAGAUAUGCCCAAGAGACAGUCGAGUUUAUUGCAGGGUUCUGGAAGCGGACAGGCAAGGAGAAGUGGGAGGGCAUCAUCGAGCAGGUCAAGAAACUCGAGCCCAUCGCGGACCAACUCGGCGUUAAGCAAAGCCAGCUAGCCUUGGCGUGGGUGCUCAAAAAUCCGAACGUGAGCUCCGCCAUCACCGGCGCGAGUAGUGCUGAGCAAGUGUACGAGAACGUGCAAGCCGUUGAGGUUGUGGACAAGUUGACCCCUGAGAUUAUGGAGAAGAUCGAUGAAAUCCUGGGAAACAAGCCGCCUGCCAUUAUUGAAAGGUUUUAG